CCUUGAUCCUCCUAGUGCCCGAAGCUUAUCCUUUUUUCCUAAGUAAAAAAGAAAAUGUAUGAGUUUUAAAGGAAAUUUACACGUACUCUCUGAUACUGCCACUGCAACUGUUGGUUCCAAAUGGGGGUCUCAUUCCGGACACUAUGAAGAAGAGAACACUCUAUAGUGAAUAUCUCUGCUGUUUAUGAACUGUUUCACACUGCAAGUACUCACUUCAUUAUCUCUGCCACUCUCUUUUUCUCUCUCUUCCAUGAUUCGCAAUUCUGCAUCUUCUUCAAUCCUCUCUGCUUCUAUUGCCCUCAACCUCUCUACUAUAGUUUACUCGACGCCAUGAAAACUCAGCGCCCAAAGCUCAAAACUCAACCUCGUCCCUUCUUCUCUUGUGGGUUCUUUCGCCACUGCGCCCAAACUGCUCUAAGUCCCACUGCUCCUCACUCCCCUUCUCUCCCACUCUCAUCCUCUGCCCCUCCUCCACCCUUACCCCCUUCACCUCCUCCUCCACCAGCGUCGCUGACGUUGGUUUUACCCCCUCAGCCACAAGCUCAACGCCCGCUCUUAAAAGCUUCACAGCCUGAAUCCUCCUCGUCUUCUUCCUCCUCCGCUUCUCAGAGCUUCACCCAGUGGAGAUUCCCCCUUGCAAUCUCUCCUCUCCACCACCACUCACCUCCCGAGUCCCUUACACAACCCAAAACCGACCCAACACCCGACUCCCUCCCAUCUGUUCCACAACCGCUGCCGCCUCCGAUUCAUUCUGCUAAACUCCAGGAGAUCUUCCAUGUAGCCGAGCUCCAACUCAGUAGCGGGUCCGAGUCGGAGAAACUCGAUGCUCUUCACCUAUUAGAACGCUCACUAGUUCCCAAUCCACCAACUGAGCCGGUUUGUCCUUUGGAAGUCAUGCGUGGGGUUGUGGUAAAUUUGAAAAACAAGGCGGGUGCGAAACUGGCAACGAAAAUUUUGUUAGCUCUUUGUUUGGCCGAGGAGAACCGCCACGUGGCGGUAAAAGCCGGAACUGUAGGGGCUGUGGUCGAAGUUGCGAUGGAGUUGGAAGGGCCUGCAGCGGAGCGUGCAUUAGCAGCUUUGGAGCUAGCGUGUACUGUGGAGGAAGGAGCAGCGGAGCUGCGUGCUCACGCGCUGGCCAUGCCUGUCAUGGUGGCUAAGAUGGGGGAAAUGGAAGGAAGAGGGAGAGAGUACGCUAUAAGCGCACUCUCUGUUAUCUACGGUGGUGGUGCAUCGCAGGAACCGGUCCAACACGCACCUCCGGAGGAGGUGGCGCGUGCGGUGGUAUUAGCGUUGCAAGGGGAUUGCACUGCAAGAGCGAGGAGGAAAGGGGCCCAGUUGCUGAAAGCUCUUCAAGAUUAUGGACGGUUGGAUUCAACCCUUAAUGGAAAUGAAGGGUUAUGAUUUGAUUUGAGGACAGACAGAAGGGCAGUCCCAGUUGGGUAUUUUCGAUCUUGUCGUUUAAUAUUUACUUUAGGUGUAUUAAAGUUAUUGGUAGGUUUGGGGCAAUAAUAUCAUAUUAUUUUCUUUUCA